AUGAUUCCGGUCAACAACACAAGUGUUUAUGAUCCAAACACUUGCACAAUGGUUAUGAGUUACAAAGGCGGCAAUCUAGCCUCUCCUCGUACAGUUUCCUUAAUACACAACCUUCUAAUAGCAGCUGACCAAGUAAAACCUUUACUAAACGUCUGGCCUAUUAACAGUCAAGAAACCGUGCAAGGUUUGCGCAUGAUAUGCCCGGGACUAGUUGGAGCCCUAGACGUCACCCCCAAAGGCAUAUACUUGGCAGCAGGUAUCGAGGAGUUACACAUAUGGCAUGUGAGUACAGGCCGUCUUGCUAGUGUAAUCUCACGCCAUUACCAGCCUAUAUCUUGUGUCAAAUUUACUGAUGACGGUAGCUUUUUGAUAACUGCCGGUCAAGACGGUGUGAUAUUGGUAUGGAAUUUUGCUUAUUUAAUCCAAGUUGUUGGUGCGAAUGAGAGGACACAAGAACCUUUGUAUUCAUUUUCUGAUCACACUUUACCAGUAACGGAUAUUUUUGUUGGUCGUGGAGGCUUGAAUACACAAUUAAUAUCAGUUUCUAAAGAUCGUACUUGCAGAAUCUAUGAUUUGACACGGGGUGUGUUAUUAAAUUCUGUUAUAUUCAAAAAUGCUUUGACUUCAGUUACCAUGGACUUUUUGGAACAGUCGGUAUUUGUGGGAGAUGCUGAAGGAAAGAUUUACCAAUUUUUCUUAUGCAGUGCUCCAAACGUUGUAGAAGGUGAAUCUACAGAUAUGUGUUUCACCGGACACGAAAACACAGUAUCUUGUUUAUCCACGUCUGCAGAUGGGCAAACU